AUGGACAGUCGGGGAAAGCGUAAAGCGGACGACGCUGGCGGCAGUGCUCAAAGGAUUACCCGGAUUAGGCUUGAUCCCGGCCGUGACGUCAGCGCGAGCGCCAGUGGUAGCGGAGAGCCGGAAGGGGCCGGGAUGACCGUCCAGGCGACCGUGGCUUCGAGCACCACCGACGGCGUCCACCCAGCAAAUUCGCGCCAAAUCCCGCCGCGGCUGCCGCCGGCCCAUCUGCCCGUGGCCGACGCGCAUCUGACACUCGGCGCUUUGCUGGCGCUUCUUCGGCAGGAUUUCAUUCCCUCCUCAACGGAAAUGGCAUUGUAUCUGAAGGUGAUGAAAUGGCUCCGCGUGGACUAUCCAACGCGUUGGACUGCGGAAAACUUCCGGGUGGUCCUGGCGGAGCUGCGGCGGGAUCUAAUUCCCGACAUGCUGCCACUGGCCCUCCUCACGGCCACCGGACCGCUGCGCGACGUUUUACUGGAGCUGCAGGCGCGCCUCUUCCUACCAGACGCCAUCCGGUACACCGCAGCGCCACGGGAACGCCAUUUCAUCGAAGUGGCCUGCCUGUUCUACACCGAUCGCCACCAGACCAGUCUCCGCCUGUACGACGCGCACCACAACACACUGCACCGCGUCCCGCUGCCGGUGGAACUGCAGACGUGGAAUGUCGCGAAGAUGAUGGGCCCGGUGGUGGACAACCGGGUGUGGUUCCGUGUCGAGCACGGCAAGGAGCGUCGAGCGUACGCCUUGACGAUGAAGAUGAAUGAGGAUGCUGGUGGUGAUCCCAUGACGACGGAGAUUGAGGGCAUGUUCAAGGGGAAACUGACGGAAGCGGCCUCGCCGCUGGUCAGCCUCAACGGCCUGGUCUACGGCUGGAGAACCAACGCGGAUUCAUACACGUUUAAUCCCGACGCACGCCUCUUCGGGUAUGAUGUUCGCAAUCCCAACUGCCUUCGGAAAGAAGCGGCAUCUGACGUGUGGAACAACCGGUAUGUCAUCAUCCUGGGCGGGUAUCCGGCCACCGGCGAAAUGUACGACGCCGUGACGAACCUGUGGAGUGAGAUGCCGGCGAUGCUGCAUCCGCGCUGCAGCUUUGCCGCCAAAGUCCUCAACGGCUACCUGUACGUGACGGGCGGAGUGGGUCCCGAGUCGGCCGUCCUUCGCAGCUGCGAUCGGCUGCAGCUGGGCGUGGCCGGGGCACAGUGGCAGCCAGUGCCCAAUCUGGUCGUGCCGCGCUACGGACACUGCAUGUUCGCCUUGAAUGACCAGCUGUUCGUGUGCGGGGGAUCCAGCCGCCUCGGGGUGCCGCUGCCCAACUGGGAGAAGUACGACGUCGCGGCGAAUCGUUGGAGUAUUGUGCACCCGCUGGAGGAUCCCCAGGCUGCUUCCUCCCCGGUGUCGGCCUGUGUGACGCUCACCGUCCACCACAAAAUGCUGCGACGUUGA